CUUCCUCUCUGGUUAAGGUUGUUGUUACCAAGUCGGACAUUUCCGAGUGUCCUUGUUCCGACUAGCUUGUCAACGUGUCAUUAUUAGCCACAUAGCUAGCAUACCAUUUGUUCAAUUGUAUGUAGUCGGUACUUUCUACGCUGUGAUAUAUUUUUGGAAUGACAUUUUAACAGAUUGGUCGUCAUUUGCAAGGAAAUACAAGAUGACUCAGUUGUAGGCUUUACAUUUCAUCAAGUGUUAAGUUAGCUAGAGAUAGCUGGCUAGAGUACUGUAGACUGUAAACAACAACAACCCUUAUCUUCAAUUGAGCAUUCACAUGUUCUGGGUGCCGAGAGAUUGAAGCAGUUGGAGUUGCUUUCCUUCUUUGUUUACUACUGCAGCUAGAUAGCUAAAGUUUAAAGUACUGUUAGCAACCACGUCUUCAUGGGGAUGAGUCGAAUAGAAUGUAUAUUUUUUAGUGAGUUUCACCCGACACUGGGACCAAAGAUUACCUACCAGGUUCCAGAGGAGUACAUAUCCCGGGAGCUCUUUGACACAGUACAGGUGUACAUCAUUACCAAACCAGAACUGCAGAACAAACUCAUAACUGUAACAGCCAUGGAGAAGAAGUUAAUUGGUUGUCCAGUGUGCAUUGAGCACAAGAAGUACAGCCGCAAUGCUCUACUCUUUAACCUCGGACUUGUGUGUGACGCACGGACCAAGACCUGUGCCCUUGAGCCGAUUGUCAAGAAGCUCUCUGGGUACCUCACAACACUGGAGCUGGAGAGUGGGUUCAUAUCGAAUGAGGAGAGCAAACAGAAACUGCUACCCAUUAUGUCCACGUUGUUAGAGGAGCUCAAUGCUACCGGAGCCUGCACCUUACCCAUCGAUGAGUCCAAUACAAUCAACCUGAAGCUGAUUGAGCAGCGCAGGGACCCUCUGAUCGUGCAGGAGUACGAUGUGCCUGUCUUCACUCAGUGCAAGGACCACUUCAUCAAAUCCCAGUGGGAUCUCACCACUCAACAGAUCCUGGCCUACGUUGAUGGGUUCAGGCAUAUCCAGAAGAUAUCUGCAGAAGCGGAUGUUGAACUUAAUCUAGUCCGGAUCGCCGUACAGAAUUUACUGUAUUAUGGUGUUGUAACUUUGGUGUCAAUAUUUCAGUACUCCAACGUGUACUGCACAACCCCUAAAGUCCAGAGCCUGAUAGAUGACAGGUCUGUUCAGGCGGAGUGUCUCAGCUAUGUCACCAAGCAAGGACAGAAGAGAGCCUGUUUAAGGGAUGUGUUCCAGCUGUACUGCGGUCUGACUCCAGGCACCACUGUUCGCGAUCUUUGCUCCCGCUAUUCGCAGCAGGUGCAGAGGGUAGAUGAGAGGAGGCUGAUCCAGUAUGGGCUGAUGAAGGGUCUAAUUCGCCGGCUGCAGAAGUAUCCUGUUAAGGUGACCCGAGACGAAAGGAGCCGCCCACCACGCCUUUACACUGGUUGCCAUAGUUACGAUGAAAUCUGCUGCAAGACAGGAAUGAGCUACAAAGAGCUGGACGAGCGUUUGGAGAAUGACCCAAACAUCAUUGUGUGCUGGAAGUGAUACCCUGGCUUAAUCAGCAACCACACUGACUUUGAUGCAGAUAGAGCAAGCCCCCUCUCAAACAAAGACAGACAGAGCCACAUGAGGUCCCAUUGUAUGAAAACAUGAGCCUCUUGCUCGUCUCCCAUCUGAUGCACACGAAAGGCUGCUGUCCAGGAGAGACAAAGUGAAGUAACCGUGGCCAAAGAUGCCAUAAAGUGACUUGUUCCUAUCACUGGAAUUUUUCUGGAAAAUAUCUGUGUGUUCAGAGGCUAAGACAUAUAGGUAUUUUUAUACUACCAGUAUGUCACCAAGCUCACUUAUCUUCAGGUUUUUCCAUCCAGACUCUUGAAGCAAUCAUUGUUGUGGGAUAGUUUAAUUCAGAACAAUGAAUGGAAGAAUUCAUAAAGACCACAAAGCGAGGAACAGUAUACUUAUUUAUUCAUUGUGCAAAACCUCUACUGUAUAUACCCACUCCUUGCAAUAAUAAAGAUGCAUUGUCGUCGGCA